GACGGCGCAGUGCAAGGACGACCGCUUGUUGCGUACACCAAGAAACUCAAGGUGUCCAAGUUUAGAGGUUUUUGGGAACCAAGCAUUUAUCACCUGGUCCUCUCGCACCGCGGAACACUUUGGUCAGGCAAUAUCCAAAUGGCCCGGCUGGUGGGCUGAAGCCAGUACGGACCAAGCCGAUUCUCAUUCCUACGACGAGAUCGCUGCGUUAAUCCUGUAUGGAUUGAAGGCGUACAACCCAUCACUUGGUGGUUCGAUGCCACAGCUUCGGUCCAGCAUGCAAAAUCUGUUUUCUCUUGGCGACCUUGAAGACGCCGACGACGACGAAGGUUCCUGGUCCCUUCGCGAGUACUUUCUUCGCCUCGCGACACAGUGCCCCACGGUUGUGUUUGAUCUCGCUACAGCCCAACGCGUUAUCAAAACUGACGAAAAGUCGCCUCGCUUUUGGGAAUUCGACCCGACAUUAAUUGUUCAACGCGCCGAGCCGUUGACUUGGAUGUGGCUAGCGGCAUCCGAAUUCUUUGCUCAUCCUUGGACAGGCCCGGCCAUUAUUCCUCCCAUUGUGGAGGAAUUCGAGCGACUAGAAAGAGAAUCGAAAAUAGCCCAAGCCCAGUCCAAGAAGCGCCCUGCAUCGACUCCAGAGAAUCCAAAAGGUGCCAAGGCACACGAUUCGCGCCCGUCUCCCUCUGUCCAGAUGCAAACGGAACUGGUGCCACCAAAGGGUCGUUCCCACCCCUUCCAACGAACUCCACCUUCAGAUGCCACCCCUCCUCGCCAACAAGUGAUCCUGUCUGACGCCGUCCAUGUCAUUGCCGGCACCCCAACAGGAACACAGGAAGCUAGUCUCCCAGCUGACGACGUUGCGAUAGCCCACACCCACCGUGGGAGGACCAGUGCGGAAAAUGGAGCAGAGGACCACAAUAGUGCCCCGACCUACAUGGACACUGUUGCCGCUCUCCCCGCUCCCACGGUUCCUCUCACCACCGACGAACGAUUGAUGCGCCUUCUCGCUGUCCAUUGGAAUGCAUCUCCCUUUCGGCACAUUACCAUCUUCAAUGUGUCCGUU